GGUUCGUUGGCGGCUGCGGCGGCGGCGGCAGGAGCGGCAGCCGGGAGGGUCCGGCAGCCUGAGCUGAGGGAAGCGAGGCGAGGCGGGGCUGCGUGUUUCCGGAAGACGUGGCGGCUGCUGCUACCGCUGCUCGCUACUGAGGCGGCUCCGUUCGUCCGCUCGCUCUUCCGCCGGCGGCUCCCGCCUCUCCCGCUAAGAGUCCUGUCAGCGCUGCUCCCGCCGUCGCCAUGAUUUCCCUCACGGACACUCAGAAAAUUGGAAUGGGUCUCACAGGUUUUGGAGUGUUUUUCCUUUUCUUUGGGAUGAUCCUAUUUUUUGACAAAGCACUUUUGGCUAUUGGGAAUGUUUUAUUCGUGGCUGGCCUGGCUUUUGUGAUUGGUUUAGAAAGGACAUUCAGAUUCUUCUUCCAGAAACACAAAGUGAAAGCCACAGGCUUCUUUCUGGGUGGUGUACUUAUAGUUCUUAUUGGCUGGCCCUUGAUAGGAAUGGUCCUUGAAAUUUAUGGCUUCUUCCUCUUAUUCAGGGGCUUUUUCCCUGUGGUGGUUGGUUUUAUUAGAAGAGUGCCGGUCCUUGGCUAUCUCUUGAAUUUACCUGGCAUUAGCUCACUUGUAGAUAAAGUUGGAGAAAGCAACAGCAUGGUAUAAUGGCAAGUGUGCCGAAGACUGGUUCAAAACUUAUAUUAUUUAUAAGGUCCUUCUGAAGAAAAGAUCAGCACAAAGUUUCUCUUGUGUACAGAGGCAAAGUUUGUAACGGUCUUGACGUAAGUUUUUAAUUUACACCAUAGUCUGCAAAAUACAUUUUUAGCAAAGAGCAAGUGUGCAGCCAGGACUUUAAGCACCAGGAAUUCUAUGAAUUGAACUGAAGAAAAAGUCAUGGGGAAACCCAUGGUAUUAAAACUGUUCAAGACUACUUAAUGCUUUUGGGAUAUGAGCUAAAUGCAGCAACUUCCCCCAUGGAACUAACAGUGCCUGUAACUUUUACCUCCUACUUUUGAAGGUGUAGCAGAGCAAAUAGGAGUCACCCUUCUCUCUUUCUUCCUGCCAAACUUCUCCCCUCUCUUGAAAGAAGGUAAAUCACCCCCUCCUACAUUUCUUUCUUCUGCUGAAAGCAAGAGUUCCCAUAAGCAUGAUGAGCAGUGAGUUUUAAGAUGGAUUGUCGUCUUUAACUGUGUGUGAUAGCAGAGGAUUCCACUGCACGAACAUGCCGUAUAAACCAUGUAAAUGUGUGGCUGAAAUACUGCUUUGUAGGAAAAUGUUGAAAGCCAAAGGUAAAUUCUGAUUAGGUGUGUAUUUACCUUUUGGAAUAUGCAAAAACUAAUGAUUUUUUGUACUAAACUUCAGUCUUAAACCACUCUUGGUUUUAAUAUCCAUUUAGUUUGGCAGGGAUUAUGGGAACCAAUUUUACACUCCUUUUUGACUGGUUCUCCUUGAUACAUGUUACAUCUAUUUAUCACAAAAAGGAUAGAACCCUUUCUUACUGAAUACGUUUUGUGUGCAUCAUGUUUAGCUCCUGAAAUGACUUGUUUUAAGGUGCUCAGCACAUUUUAUGAACUCGGACCUGCUCAGCUAGCCGAACCUCUGAAAAGACACUCCAUUCCUGAAUAUACGUCCUCUCUUGUCUGCAGCCAGUGUAACAUCCUGCAGCAUGUAACAUCCUGUUUUGUACACUGGUAAAGCACCUGGUUAUGCCGUAAAGGCACUAAGAUUUGGGCAUCCUAUCCU